AUGACACAACUCCAUACCUACAAUUUCGAAAUGGAAAUGUCGUGUGAGGGUUGUGCGAAUGCUGCUAAGAGGGUGCUUGCGAAGCUCGGAGACGCUGUGCUUUCAGUGCACAUAGAUGUGGAAAAUAACUCCCUUGUUGUCACUUCCACCCUUCCUGAAGAGACUAUUCUUGAAGCGCUUCAAAAAACCUCAAAACCUGUUAGGCCUGUUAACUAG